CCUUUUUUCCCAAAUCCGCCCUGGCAACCCGGGUCUGCACCGACUAUCAGUCACUGGUGCGCAGUUAAACUUUAUCCGGGUAAAAACAACUCCACACAACGUUCCUCAAACAUUGUGUAACUAUUUCUAUGUUAAUAUAAAAUAUACAGGUAUAAUAAUCAAUUGUUUUAUGAAGUUACAGUACAAUAUAUCACGUAUGUACAUCGCAUACACACAGUAUCUGAAAGUUAUAUUUAUUGUUUUAUUUAUUUAGUCGUUUCCCGGGGAUGUAUAUCACCGCUGCACGGCGCCAAAAUACAAAUUUUAAACUGCUGUUUAUCUACACUGACGCCCGAACACAUUAUAAUUUAAUGUAUAGUGAACGAAAGAAGCCAUAAAACAAUGCCUGUCAAAAGAAGCCUUCAGAUAAAAGCCAAUGAGAAGAAUGUAUAUUCCAUGAUGACAAUGCCAAGGGCUGAAAUUGUGAAAGCGUGAUUCCGGGCGCAUGAGGAAUCAUUUCCACACAUGAAUUGGCCACCACAGAGUCCUGACCUUAAUCUGACUGAAAGUCUUUGGGAUGUGCUGGAGAAGACUUUACGGAGUGAUUCAACUCACCCGUCCUCUACACAAGAUCUCAGCCAAAAAUGAAUGCUACUCUGGGCGUAAAUAAAUGUUUUGACGUUGCAUACGGUUGUUGAAACAAUGCCAUGACAAAUGUGCGCCAUAAUCAAAGCUAAUGGUGGUGCGACGAAAUAUUAGCGUGUGCGACUUUUUUCUUUUUUUUAGGCCAGCAGGAUACAAUAAUUAGACAGGACAACAGAACAAUAUUGGAUGGAUUACAAGGCAUGACCGUUAUCAUCCCAGUCGAAUAGUCCACAUACUGAACAUUAACAUGUCACUGGUGGUCCCUUUCUGCUGAUGGUUGCGGUAGAGACUCCAGUCAAGAGGCACACCAAAGAAAGGAACUAUUCAACUUUGACUGGAACGAUGCCCAUGACCCCAACAGCCAAAACCCAAGGUAAUUACAAAACCAGUGGGACCACUGUCAAUACCUUGGAAGCAAAAGAGCCACAGACAGAAGCCGAGAGAAUGGAUUUUCUCAGGUCUAAAUUGGAAGGAUCUUUAGAGGCCGUAAUGAAGACCAGGCAAGAGCUUGAGUUGUUAUUGCCUGUAGAGGGCAACAGUGAGCUGAGGAGUUUGUUGCUGAUGGGUCAUGCUGACUUGUGCACUGAACUGAAGAGACACAAAGAGCUGACUUCUAAAGUGAACUGUCAUGUUAAUGCAAUGCAAAUGCACAAGAAGUGGCUCCAAGGUGCAACACAGACUGGCAGCUCUUAUGAGUUUUUGAAGAACAUCUUAAGUGGCUGAGAAGGCCAACCUGAACAACAGCUGCUGGCCACACAAACCAUCCUAUUUCUGCCCAAGGUGGAUCAUAUAACUCUCACUUUAUCACCCCCAGAGGCAGCAUGAAGGACAAAAGCACAAGGUGGCCUGUUAACUUUUUUGUACUUGUGUUUUCCCAUAUACACGGCCUCCUUUUGUUGGAAGUAAAAAGUCUUGGGGUGUGGUUUUUGGCAAUAAUUUGACAUGAAUUGUGUCUGGACAAACCCCUCCAGCCACUUCAGCCUGACCAUCCUUUCAUGGAAAGAAAAAGAAGACAAAUCCUGAGUACUGGAUUCUGAGUCUGUGCAUUUAUUCCAUUACAUUCAUGCACUGUUGAAUGCUCAUUUCUGAUUGGUCAGAAGGUGUUGAUUAUUUUUCUUUAACAGUAGAUCUGUCGAUAGUUCCGGCUGUAAGAACCAGCUUAUAUUAAUGCACUUAUUCUAAUACAUUAUCGUUGUUUCUAUGGUAACAGUUUUCACAGAGACUUGUAUGGUGAAUGCUUCACAUAAUUUAAGACUAAUUAUUAAACAUUAAAAAAAAAAAGGUGUGUUAAUUAACCAAGAAAAAUGAACAAGCUUUCUGCAAGGAGAUGAUUAUUUAUGGAACAUUUAUGGAAGGAGUCUCCAGUGUUCCACCACGGGAGCACGUUCUUUCCGUUUCCACUUUGUGCUUUUCAGGUUCUCAGGAACAUAACGAAAUGCAUUUUUUUUGUGUGUCUUAUUCAAUACAACGCAGAGGGGGAAAAAAAGGCUGGUGAGGGAACAACAGAGGCAGUUUAUAAUCUUAAGCAUGAACAGGAACAGGAUCCACAACAUUAAACCUAACUAUAAAUGGAUAAAAAUGACAUUCAUUAAUAAAUGAAAUCAUUGGGAAAUUGCUGUUUUAUAAGUGUAAUACAACAUGUUGGCAUGCUGCUAUAAUAAAUAAUCACUGUUGUAACAGGUUGCAUUACACUGCCCCAUCGUUGAUUAUUUUCCUAUAGCAGCAUGCCCCCAGGUGUAUUUAUUUUCCUUACUUAAAACUAGAUAGUGCAAGGUCUUACAACCAUGGUCAAGCUCCUUAAUGUUUUUGGUGCUUGUUUCCUGGUCCAUCACUGAAUUAACCAACGUGUCUUUUUCUCCUUUAGCUCCAGUUGUGUCUCUAUCUGUAUUUGAUUUCUCUGUUUUUCUGCACGUAUUGAAUCAGAAGCAGUCCAUUCUCCUAGUCGCGUGUGUGUGGGGCUGCGGGGCUUGUGCAAGCUGUAACACUAUAGCCCCUCUGUGACCUGAUAACAUUUACAGUUGUAAUGGAUUUUUUUAAUACCAGUCAUUAACUCGUGUGAAAGAAGGAGGUGGCGAAAGAUUGUGUGCACCUUUGUUCCUCUGGUAUUUCAGCUUUAUGACAUUGUGUUCCGAUAUGUCCCUUCCCAUCAUUUUUGUUUAAUGGGGCAUGCAGGCAAUGCAUUUUAUUCAAGGUAUAUCUUUUUUUUUUGUGGGGACACAUGCACGGUAUUUUUUUGACGUUCACUUAAAGUGCUUGAUCUUACUGUAAUUUUAUUCAUCAUUUCAAGGAGAUUUUCUGGUUUGCUGAUACAGAAUAAGAGACCCCACAACAAUUUUGUA